AGCAAACUGUUCACAGUACCAGUGAAGGAAGUUUGCAUAAAGUAUUGGAAUUGACGGAGAUCUAUAAACCAAGUGUGCAUGUUAAUCCAAUUUUUGCUUCUGUGGGAACUGAUACUUCGAAACUUUACAGUGCAUCAGAAGCCACUGAUAUUGUCUUUAAGUACAUUGAACAAGAAAAUCUAGUCAAACCAACAAAUAAGUCAAUUGUGAUUUUGGAUGCAGCACUAUGUGAUGCUUUGUACAAAGGAACCAUCAAGAAAGGCUCAACUUACCCAACUGAAAUUCAUAAGAAGGAUUUAGGGCAUACAUUUGUAAACCGAAUGCAACCUCAUCACAGAGUUACUAGGGGAAGUGAGUCAGUUGUCUGCAAAGGUGCUCUGAAAACAAUUCAAAUAAUGACAGAGCGGAGACAAGGUAACAAGAAAGUAACAAAACUCUCGGGGAUGGAGUCAUUUUUGAUGGAUGCUGAAGCAUUGGCGUCAGAGCUGCAGAAGAAAUUCGCUUGUAGUACAUCCGUGGCAAAACUACCUGGUAAGAAAGGACAUGAAGUUCUGAUUCAAGGGGGUGUGAUUGAUGAUCUUGGAAGACAUUUGGUUGAGCAGUAUGGUGUCCCAAAGAGAUACAUUGAAGUUCUUGAUAAAACAAGGAAAUGAUUCUUGAGGUCAGCUUUCUUCAUUGAUCCUUU